GAUGAUACCGAUCUUAAUACACUCAAUAUUAAAGAAGGGACUACAAUUAUGAUGAUGGGAACGCCUGGAGAAUUACCCAAAGAACCGGUUGAAAAGACACGAUUCGUAGAAGAUAUGACAGAUAGGCAACUGGCAGAAACUCCUGUAAAUCCGAAUUUCAAAUUUUCAUUCUUACCGGAAUCAACCCCUGAGGCGUUAUGUGAAACUACUAGAAAUACUAGUAAUCGUGCCUUCCCUUGGUGUCACCCAAACGCAGUUGAAUUGUCACAGACGGCAUCUUUGCGUGAUCUUUACAAACAAUUGAAUCAAACCACAGAAAGCUGUGUACCGUUUGCUUUCGUGCAGGCGCUCAGAAGUGCCUUUCCUCAAUUUGAUCAACGUAACGUUAAUGGUUACUUGCAACAAGAUGCUGAAGAAUGUUGGACUCAAAUUGUUACUAGUUUGAAUAAUGCAAAUAUUCCGGUAUCUGGACUGCAAGACAGCUCAGCUGCAUCAGAAGAGUCAUCAUUAGAUGGGUCUUUCGUUAAACAGUAUAUGACGGGAAAAUUUACUGAGAUUUUAAAGUGUGUUGACGCACCAGACGAACCGACAACUACCAAUAAUUCGACUUUCACGAAGUUGAGCUGUAUUACUUCAGAGAAAGACAUAAGUUAUAUGCAAAAUGGCAUAUUAAUGGCAUUAGAUGAGAAAAUUGAAAAAGAUUCACCUAGCUUAGGUCAUAUUGCCAAUUACACUAGAACUUCGCGAAUUAGUCGCCUACCUUCGUACCUUACGGUUGGAUUUGUACGAUUCUUUUGGAAGAAUAAUCGUCAAAUUAAAACCAAGAUUACACGUAGAGUCCAAUUUCCUUUUGAUUACGACGCAUAUGAAUUAUGCACAGAUGAAUUAAAGCAAAAGAUUGGACCAUUGAGAUCAUAUAUUCUUGAGCACGAAAAAGAAAAGGAUGUGGCUAAGCGUAAAGCAAAGCUCUCAAAGAAUUCAGGUGAAAAGGAAACGGCUGAAUCUAAAAACGACAGUAAAACUAACGAAAUUAAUGAUGAGAUCAACAAAUUGACUGAUCCAGAGUUGGCAAAGGAUAUUGGUGCUAACACGUCAGGACUAUAUGAGCUUUGUGCUGUGCUUACUCACAUUGGACGGUCAGCAGAUUCUGGACAUUACAUUGGUUGGGCGCGUAAGCAUGACUCAGCUGAGGACUGGGUCAAAUACGAUGAUGAUAAAGUCUCAAUCGUGCCACAAACAGAGAUUCAGAAACUUGACGGUAGCGGUGGUAGUGCGUAUUGA